AUGUUAGGAUGGUCUCAGAAUUCUGCUAAAGAUAUUAAUUCGAACAAACAAGAUAUUCAUAAAAGGUGCUAUCAAAGUGAUAUAAGCACUUUAAUAGAUGAGAAAAAGGCUAUCAAAUAUAGAUUAGAACCUGCAAAAGAGCCUCAAAAUUCAA